UUGAGCUCUUGUUGGGAGAACAGAGAGAGGCUCUUGUCUGCUGCCUGUCCUUGGCUCCCCUGCUGGGUCCUCCGGAGGCUUUUCCUCAGGCUUCCAGGUACUUGCCCACCUGAUUGCGACUACAGAAUGGCCUCCAGCCCAGCUGGGAUCCCUAGCCCACAGCCUCCCAGGGCCAAUAGGAACAUCAACCUGGGGCCUUCAGCCAACCCAAAUGCCUGUCCCACAGACUUCGACUUCCUCAAAGUCAUUGGUAAAGGGAACUAUGGGAGGGUCCUGUUGGCCAAGCGCAAGUCUGACAGGACUUUCUACGCGGUGAAAGUGCUGCAGAAAAAGUCCAUUUUAAAGAACAAAGAGCAGGGCCACAUCAUGGCAGAGCGCAACGUGCUGGUGAAGAAUGUGCAGCAUCCGUUCCUUGUGGGCCUGCGCUAUUCCUUCCAGACCUCUGAGAAGCUCUACUUUGUGCUUGACUAUGUCAAUGGAGGGGAGCUUUUCUUCCACCUGCAGCGGGAGCGCAGGUUCCUGGAGCCCCGAGCCAGAUUCUAUGCUGCUGAGGUGGCCAGCGCCAUUGGCUACCUGCACUCCCUCAACAUCAUUUACAGGGACCUGAAGCCAGAGAACAUUCUCUUGGACUGCCAGGGACAUGUGGUGCUGACUGAUUUUGGCCUUUGCAAGGAAUGUGUAGAGUCUGAGGAGACCACGUCCACAUUCUGCGGCACCCCUGAGUAUUUGGCUCCUGAAGUGCUUCGUAAAGAGCCUUAUGACCGGGCAGUGGACUGGUGGUGUUUAGGAGCAGUUGUCUACGAGAUGCUGCACGGCCUGCCACCCUUCUACAGCCAAGAUGUUUCCCAAAUGUAUGAGAACAUUCUGCACCAGCCGCUAAAGAUCCCCGGGGGCCGGACGGUGGCUGCCUGUGACCUCCUGCAAGGCCUUCUCCACAAGGACCAGAGGCAGCGACUGGGCUCCAAGGCAGACUUUCUCGAGAUAAAGAACCAUGUCUUCUUCAGUCCCAUAAACUGGGAUGAUUUAUACCAUAAGAGGCUGACUCCACCCUUCAACCCGAAUGUGGCCGGACCUGCUGACCUGAAACACUUUGACCCAGAGUUCACCCAGGAAGCUGUGUCCAAGUCCAUCGGCUGCACCCCUGAUACUGUGGCCAGCAGCUCUGGGGCCUCAAAUGCAUUCCUGGGAUUUUCCUAUGCACAGGAGGACAGUGACAUCUUGGACUGCUAGGAGAGAAGUUUCUGUGAAGCCACAGAGACAAGCUGGUAAUAAGAGUCAAAGUCAUAAGUCUGAUGGCCUAAAGAAGGAACAGGUGCAUUUUUCCCAUUCCCUAAAAGAAGCAGUGUUACUUGGGGUCUGGGAUGGUAGGAAAGGGCAUCAGAUAUACAGAGGCUUUCUGUAUUUCUGUUCUGCUCUUCUUGACAAAAUGGCUUCUAAUAUUAGGGUUGUUAUAUGAUUUUAAAAAAUGGCUUCUGGUGGUCUAGCCACCACUUUUAUGUUCUGGGCAGGGAAAAAAGGAGGGAUGGGGUUGAGGGGUUGGCAAAAAGGCACCAAAGAAGAGCUUUCCCCGAAGCCCUACCCAGUGACUUCUACUGACAUCUCACUAACCAACCUCCUUAUUGUAAUGGAGCCUGGGCACAUGACCAUCCCUAAUAGAAAAGAGGGUCUGAUGCUAAGUGAGAAGGGGAGGAUGCUGGCCAGUCUUCAGUUUACACCUGUCAAAGUCCAGCUCUGGCUGUAGGAGAUGGAAAUGUGGUGUUAUCUCAGUCACAACCUUGUAGGCGGCUAGCACUCUACCAGAGGGCCUCUUGGUGUUUGCAUUUUUAUCUCAAUGUAGAAAAUGACAGAUAUGCAACAAACCUGUAGGGUAGUACCAACAGCUUUUACUGUUCUAUGUUGAUGGUGUCUUUCUUUGUUGUGGGUGGUAAUGGACAGUUAUUAUUGGGUUUGGCUGUCUGGCAUCUGAACCCCUUCCAAUAUUCAGAGAAUCCCUUAUUAUCUGAGCCUUGAGGGGAAAUAACUACCUCCACUUAGAGUAGCUGAAAAUGUUAGAUACUGACUUUCCCACCUUUCUCUGAACUAGGGACAGGCAUGUGGUUCAGAGAUGCACUUGUGCCACACUUUGACCCAAAGAAGGGACCAGGAUCUCUUUUAAGUGGUAGCUAUGGUAAUGAUACCCACAAAACCUGAGUUCCUGGUGUAGAAAUCGCAUCAAUGCAAACCAUAGUAACUGGUUCUCAGCAGUGGCAACUGAAGUAUUUCCUCCUUAAACCAGUGAAGCAGUGUCAUUCUUGGAAACCUCAAGACUCCUUUUCCAUAUGCCCCUAUGAUUUUAAGAGCUUCCUAGACUUUAAAACACUUCUUUUUUGGGCCGGGAAUUUCACUCAGUGGUUCUGCUGCCAAGGUCCCAAGUUCAAUCCCUGGUACAAACAAACAAAACACUCCUUUUUUGUUUUACUGUCCAGUCAGCUUGAGAAUGCCUGCCUUGCUGAGCCAGUUUCUAUGCUAGACUCUUUCAUAUCUGUUAGCAAUUUUCAUCCAAGUAACCCUAACAUAAGACUUUACUAUCCCUUUUUUACCAGUGAAGAAACAAGGCCAGAGAAGUUGUUCCUUGCUUGAAGGCCACACUGCUAAUAAAGGCUAGAACUGGGACUUGGAGUUAUGGAAGUCAGCUCCAGGGCUCUUGCAUUUAACCUCUGCACAGGUUGGCCCCUGACUUGGUCUAUUAGGUCCAAGCAGAAUGACUGUCAAAAUUUCUAAUGAGGGUCAAGGCAAUAUUUAGCUGCAACAACCCAGUAGUGAUAAAAAGUGGUUUUGAAGAAGAACGUCCAAUUGGACGCUCAUUCAUAGUUAGAGCUGGCUGCCAAGUGAAUGCUAUGCUCCACCUCACGUGCAAUGCCCAUGUGGUGACCAGAGCUUCCUGACCACCCAUUGAGCACCACAUGUUCAAGCUUAAUUACUUCUAAAUGCAAUUCUGACUGGGCAAAAUGUAAUCUUGUAACAUUUCAAGAAUUAAGCACACUCUGCUCUUGUGGGAUGAAUUAUGCUGCUUUAUUUCUGUGGAAAAGUAGUUUUUUUUUCCAGACCCAUGGUAUAUUCUUCAGCAUAGCUUUAUCAGAUUUUUCCUUUGGAGAGAAGGGGAGGAACUUUCUCAGGAACAGUAUGUGCUGGCAAUUUUACUGCCUUUUCCUCUUAACUCAGUCUCACUCCUUUUCUUCAUUUUUUGGCCCUCUCCCCCUUGUGCCCCAAGAUUUAUGAGGAAUGAGGCUUGGAGAACAUGGGAAAAAAAUCAUCAGUGACAUUGACUUAUUGGAAAUCAAAGAUAGGUCAGGAAGAACUAAUGUUAGACUUUGACAUGUGCUGAGAACAUUGAAAGAAAAUCUGAUGUCCAUUUUAAGAGCACUUGUUAAUUGCUAAAAUGGAACCUGAGGACAAAAUUCUCCCAACUGCCCAAAGCAAAAAACAAAACAAAACUGUAUAAUUGUCAGAAAAAUGAUGGUACUGUCAAAAGCACGCUAUCAGCUAUGGGUUAUAAAAUGCAUAAUAUUCUAAGACUGUAAAAUCACACUGUUUUAACCAAGAUAGAAAAAAAAAAAUGAAGCCAGGCAUGAUGGCGUACACCUAUCUGGCACUUGAGAGGCUGA